AUGUGGGCGUAUCGUACAGCUUAUAAAACGCCUAUUGGUACCACACCUUAUCGGUUGGUCUAUGGAAAGGGAUGUCAUUUACCCGCUGAACUUACUCAUCGUGCUUUAUGGGCUAUUAAACAAGUUAACAUGGAUUAUGAAAAUGCAGGUAAAACGAGGAAGUUGGUGUUAGGGGAAUUAGAAGAGUUAAGAGAUGAAGCAUACGAAUGCGCGUCUGCUUACAAGGACAAGACGAAAAAGGUGCACGAUGCUAAGUUGCGGUUGCAGAAGUAUGAGGUGGGUCAGAAAGUGUGGUUGUUCAAUUCUAGAUUGAAGUUGUUUCCUGGGAAACUGAAAAGCAAAUGGAUGGGCCCGUAUCUGAUCACGCGGAUCGGAAACUAUGGAGACAUAGAAAUUGAAGAUUUUGAUGACCAUUUGAGGCAAGUUGUGAACGGACAUAGGUUGAAACCGUAUUUAGAAGCAAAUGAUAUCAACGGACCGGAUAAACAGUCGGAGUGCUUCAUGUUGAGCACUUUGGUCCAUGAUGCGGAAUAA